GUUCUCUCGCGGCACCGGUAGAGACUUCCUGAUAGAGUAAAACGCCACUCUGGUGUGUUAGCGGUUUCUCUGAAGGUCGACUGACUAACUCUGGUUAAACAUGUCGCUGCCAAAGCCGAUGAUGAGGGGCAUGUUGGCCAAGCGCCUCAGGUUCCAUCUGCCUGUUGCGUUUGGAGUUGCAAUAUCAGUAGCUAUAGCAUACAAGUUUGCAGUGACUGAGCCCAGGAAGAGGGCAUAUGCUAAUUUCUACAAGCAGUACGAUGCUGUGAAAGAGUUCAACGCCAUGAGAGAAGCGGGGAUCUUCGAGAGUGUGCGUCCUUCUGGAAAGUAAUACAUAGCUUCACCGUCCUGUCAUUCAUUCCUGGCCUGAAGUUUUCCCUUUGAUGCUUACUGAUUACAUAUGAACACUGUUCUGCUGUUUGUUCCUCAAAAUAAACUAUUCUAUUAAUGAAA